AUGAAUAAGUGCAAAAAGCUAGCGAAGAACGUGACUCCCUCAUCCAGAGCAAAACAAUUCGAACGGGAAAUGUUUCACGUUGUUGGCGAGCUGAUGUUCUGCAGUGCCUGCAAUGUUCCGGUUGACCAUCUACGGAUGAACUCAUGUGAAAAACACCAAACCACGUCGCUCCACCAGCAGAAAAAGGAGAGUAGGCAGUCUCCAGGUGAUAAAAGGAAGAAACUUCAAGCAGCAGUCGUUGACCUCUUAGGGAAUCAGACCAAAGAAAAAUUGCAACGCAAGAUCGAGAUGAUCGAUCUAGUCAGCGUGCUAUGCAGCUCGAACAUUCCUCUCCACGUCCUCGAUCGGGCACCCCUGAGAACUUAUCUCGAAGCGAAUCUGAGCGGAAUGGGGGCAAUACCCUCUUCGAGAAACUUGCGACGGAAUUAUCUCCCGAAAUUGUUCGAGUUGCAUGUGAAGGACCUCAAAGAGCUGUUGGAACAAUCAGAAUCUGUUGCUUUGGUAUGCGACGAGACGACGGACGUUGAGGAUAGGUACGUCAUCAAUCUCCUUGUUGUACCUUGUGUAGUCUCCCCUAAGCCUUAA